AUGCCUCACUGGCUUGUCUACCACCCUCCCAGCGCCUACGCCGACGACGAAUCCAAAGACGCCCUCGUCAAAGCCGUAACCGACUUCUACCUCGGCAUCGGCCUACCUGCCUUUUACGUCGUCAUCAACUUCAUCAAAGUCGCCCAUGAGGACUUUUACGUUGGUGGUGCCAGGCGCGGCCCCGACGACAAGCCCUUUGUCCGCUUCACCAUCAACCACGUCGCGCACAAUUACCCCGACGACGACCAGAUCAAGCGGGAAGCCGGCGACGCGUUUAACCAGCUGUUGACGCCGCUGAUGAAGGGCAAAUACGAUUGGGAGUUUCACAUUUCGGAGACGGACAGGAGGCUUUGGAAGAUUAAUGGGUUUACGCCGCCGGAGGAGGAUAGUGAGGGCCAGGAGCUCUGGGCCAAGGAGAACAGCCCGGUUCCUUAUUGA